UUUUUAGUAAGAGAGAAACCCGUCUGUUUUGAAUCAAUAAACGCGAGUAAACUAUGGCAGACGCGGAGGAGCAGCCUCCGGAGGCUGCCGCUGCUGAGGAGGCUGCGCCUGCCCCGGAAGGCGGUGAUGCCCCGCCAGCAGAAGGGGAGGCACCGCCGGCUGAAGGAGAGGCCGCUCCGGCGGCUGAAGGUGAGACCGCUCCGGCGGCUCCGGCCGAAGGCGAUGCGGAUGCCGCACCCGCAGAGGGCGCUGCACCGCCGGAGGAAGGAGCUGCCGCACCCGCGGAGGGCGAGGCCGGUCCCCCAGCUGAGGAAGGUGCAGCCGUUCCGGCAGAGCCGCCAGCAGAAGAAACCGCACCCGCUCCGGCGGCCGAAGCGGUCCCACCACCCGUGGUUGAGGAGACCGCGGCACCCGCCGAAGCUGCGCCGGAGCCAGCAGAGGGGGAAUCACCCGUGGCGGACGCACAGCUCGCGGUGCCAGAGGAGGAGGAAUAUGUGGAGCCAGAAAUCGAUCUCACACCAGAUCUCGAAGCGGCGCUUGCAGACUACCAGGAGCGAAUUGAGGGUGAGUGUAUCCGCAGUGCCGUAAAGUUUCGCUCCGGAUUUCGCCUUUCAAGAGUUUUCACGAUGAUUGAUCAGGAUCAUAGUUUGAUGUUAGCAGAGAGGACUCUGUGACUUCCCUCUCCCUCAAUGGAGGAGAAGUAUGAUAUGACUGUCUGCAUACACGUGUUUCGUACUUCACAGGACUCCACCAGGAUAACCUUGCGUUGCAGAAGCGCGUGAUCCAAUUCAAACACGCAACCCAGAAGGGCACGCAGAACGCCGCCGAUUUGGAGACGCAGCAGCGAGUUACCGAACACAAAUAUUUGAACGUCUUGAGUCACGUGCAUCAGGUAAGUUAUUUGGAGGAGUCAUUCUGCUAUUCAUUGCUUUCCAUUGAUUCACAAGAAAUAAACAGAUGAAGUGCCUCUUCACUCGGAACAGAGUUCUUACACCGCUCCCCCUACUCCAUACCAGAUCCGCGUGAAGCUGCGUACGCAGCAAGUGCGCGCCGCCCGGAUUUCCGAGGAGCUGCGAGGGCAGCUGGAGGACAAGCGAGCGAAGGCGAUCGAGUGCCGAGAGAGUUUUCGCGACUUCAAGCGACAUAUCAAAUGUAAAAAUGUCUGGGUCUGGAAACUUGUGAUGCUGUGUGGCGUAUCAUGAGGAGGCGACAAUUGCUGGCUCAGCAUGACAAGUUUCUGAGCUUCUAGGUGUUGCCUAUUCUGCAUGACAAACUACGUUUCUGCAUGACAGAAAAGUGGGGCUCUUUGGUAAUGUGCAUGACAGAUUUAAGAGCCAUGCCAGACAAGCAUGACAAACUUGCAUUCUUCCAGACCCAGACAUUUUUACAUUUGAUACGACAAGUGGCGAAGAACGCGGAGUAUUCCAGGACGGGGAAAAACAUACCCGGGAAAAUCAUAACGGAAAUCGAGAAGUUUGAACAAGAGAAGGAGGGGGAGGUCGAGGAGGUCCGCGGCGCCAACAUUAGUCUGAAGAACCGACUGGCGAAACUCGAGCUGCAGCUGAGGAAAAAGGACGAGCUCGCCGAAAAUCUCCACGUCAUCGACUUUGAACAGCUCAAAAUCGAGAAUCAGACGCUCAACGAGAAAAUCGAGGUGGAGUUUUUUUCGCAAUUUUUUUGUCAGAUUUGUAUACUUAUGCAUGGACGCAACAAUGACGGAGACUGACUUCUCAUACAUUCUCUGUUCACAAGUGCAAAUUUUCACCGACCCACUCACCACAGGAGCGCAACGAGGAGCUGCACAAACUACGAAAGAAAACCAUUACGGUGGUGCAGAUUUUGACGCACAUGCGGGAGAAGUUAGAGUUCAUCCAGGAAGAGAAUCACGUGCUGAAAGAAGAUCUCAGCGUUUUGGAGGGCGAGUUGCAGCAAAAGCGCGAUCUGCUGACGCAGCUGAAGGUCGCAAAGACGGAGAGCAAGGUAGAAAACGGUAAGUUGAAGCAGCAGGCGGGGAUCAGUAGCAGUGAGAGUAUGGCGACCGACUACGGCACGCGGCGGACGCGCUGCGAGAACAUGAAGGCCGAAAUCGCGAACAUGACCGAGGAAAUCAAGCGAAAGACGAACUACGCGAAAACCGUCUUCAAACUCGUACCGCAGGCACAGUAAUGGAUUUCGCGGAAGAUUUGGGGGAGAAAAGAAAGGAAAAUUUACGUUGAGUGUAGACAUCGACACUCGACGCUUCCUCGUUAAAACUGUUAACUUUGACUUGACAUUACCAAUCUAAAGGCAAAUUCCAAAUUGCGCAAAUUGCAGGCUUAGUCCAAAAGUACAACUUUGAACCUAUAGUAACUCGAUGGAAUGAUGUUUGAAUCCAGAUUGUUGUGACCAGCAAAAAUUGACUCUCAUGUAAAAACGCUGAUGCUAGGACCGAAGCAAGAUCAGAAUCAAAAAGCCGGGCUUCAGGACCGAGAGAUUGAUCAGUCUUAACCGG